UUAGCCCUAACACAACCCGCACCACCCGUCCUCUCGCCCCCCUCUCUCCUACGCACCCACAGCCGCCGCCCUCUCCCUCCCUCAGAUCUCGGUCUUGAUCUACGGCUCGAACCAACCCACCUCACUGCCGCGCCCUUCCACGACGACCCCUUCCUCGGCUUCGCCGAUGGCGGGCCCCCAGCAGUUGACGUCCACGUCUCCAGGGGCGGCGGCCACGACUUCCCGGCCUCCCUUGACCCCUACGCCUUCAGCCACGACUCCGCCGCCAUGCACCCCUUCGGCAUGCCACUCCAACGGCAACGACCGCCGCGCCCUUCCCACAACAUCAUGCCUCUUCACCGACUCCGGACAUGUCCUCCCCAACCCCGCCCAGAUGGGGGCCGACGAGGGCUUCCUCCUCCGCGAGUGGCGCCGCGCCGGGGAUCAGCACCUCGCCGUCGGAGGAGAACAUGUGUUACUUCAAUGUCAUGGCCCUUGGCCCCGCGCAGUCGCCCUACGAAGGACAAGGUGGUGAACCCGCUGUUCCUGAAGAGGCCGAAGUAGUUCGGCAUCGGUGGCGCCCUGCCGCCCAAGAAGGGCCUCCACCGGUUCGUCAAGUGGCCCAAGGUCAUGCGCAUCCAGCGCCGCAUCCUCAAGCAGCGCCUCAAGGUGCCCCCGGUGCUCCACCAGUUCACCCACACCCUCGACAAGAACCUCGGUAUAUACGAAACUUGCCUGUUCAGUCGUCGCUGGACUCGGAAUCCACAAUGCCUGAGGUCGUUUAGUUGUUGUGCUGUAUUAUUUUGACUUGUGUGUAUGCAAUAGCUAAGUGAGCAAGUAUUAACUUGGCUAAGAUAAUGAAAAGAAAUGAUGGAUGUGUUUUAAGAUUCCUGCUGGUAGAUAGAUUGGGAGCCUCUUCUUGCGUGAUAAGGGCAAUGCAUGAUGUUGUCCUACAUACCUACUACUAUAUUUAUUUUACUGAAUAUGUUGACAUGCCAUGACAUUAUGAAGUAAUAGACUGGUUAGCAGAAGCUUUCACUUCUAAGGAUGCCAGCAGUAGGAAGAAUCGUAGUAGUUAAGUGACUGCGUGGCUGCUAUGGCCUUGCUAUAUUUGUACAUGAAGUCACACCUCUAUAAUUGUUUUUCCUUUAUGUUGGAACGUGUCUAGUUAAUGACUGGUAUUGAGAGAUUUUGGUGGUUACUUAUGCUUAUUGUGUAUCACAUUGAAAAAGAAAAUGCACAAUGAGCUUACCUUUGUAUGUCAGGAUUUUUUCUUCAUCUGUUACCCUUCCUUUGGUUGUAGUUUAUCUUCGUACAGAAUUCAAUCUUGGUGUUCUUCCUAUUUGCAUUUGAUGAUGUUUUUAAAAUUCCCUAGCACAACUAUAUAUAACAAUGCGGGUAUGUGUUUACCUCUCUUCUGUUCUUCCUGUUAAAGGUGUCCAAUUUGGUUCUGUUCCUAUGUUGAAACUUCUGAAAUUGAGCAGUUGUUCUUGUUCUGAGUUCCUUCAGGGAGAUGAAUCUGAAUUGAUGUUGACUCUUUGUCUCAAUUCAGUUUAACUGCAUGGACAUGUACACAUGCAAUCCGAAUUUUCUGUAGAUCAUUGGUGAUCGUUCCCCAUGCCGAAAUUGAUUGGCAGUGAACGACUAGUCAUUUUUUUGCUAUGACAUAGUAUUUAGAUAUUUGCAUAUGUUCAAGCGCAUUAUCCUGUUUGCUCGUUGGAUCCAAUGAGAGAUAACAAGGUUAGAUUAAUAUUUAUGUCCUUCCUUUCAUGUGCUGCUUGUGCCUAUCUUGACCUUGUCACUUUAUUAUGUUUCUAACUUUCCAUAAUUUAUUAUUUGCAUAUGCUGGCCUUCAUUCUUCGAUAGUUGGGUGCACAGGAGCUCUAGGAAGAAGAAUCCCGAAGAAAAACCACACCGAGCAAUGCGUUUUAGCUCACUGGAGCUAGUUAUGUGUAUAUUUAGUUUUAUUUUAUAGUUGAAUACCAGAUCUGUACUAUGUAUGAUUGUAAUGUACUUUGCUUGGCUGUUGUAUGAAAUAGUAUGCCUUAUUGGCUCUUUUUUAAUCAAAUUGUAUAAUUGCACAAA